AUUCACUUUUGUAACCCGUCGCUGACUGCAGGAUGUUCUUGACUUUGGCGCUUUUGCGGAAGGGAAUCCCAGGAAAGCAGUGGAUUGGGAAGCACCGUCGACCACGGGUUGUCACUUGGCAGAUGAAACGCAAUGUUAUUAACCGCCUGGAACAGGAAGCAGAGAAUGAAUACUGGAUCAGCCGGCCAUUCAUGACGCAGGAACAGGAGCAAGGCCAUGCAGCACAGAGGCGCGAGUGGAUGUGGCAACAAAUCAAAGCUACACGACAAGCCAAGUUUCCUGAACACAAAUACAUUGCAGACCAACUAAACCACCUGAAAAUCACCAAGACCUGGCCCAUCUAAUCAGAACAUCAAAGACUGAUGCAUCUCAGAGUUUGGAAAAAGGAAAUCGAUGAAAACCUAGGACUCUUUGUGUUUGAUUUGAUAUUUUCUGCAUCAUACAUUAUGUGAUUUGUGCUGUGUUUAUAAAUUACUUCUGAUGAUCACAUUCGA